UGGAUACGUACGUUAACCCACUCUGACAUCUAGGGCAUGUUGACUCCUGCGUCCCUCUCGUUCAGUUUUUCCACUCCGACUGUUGCCCUGCAUUUGCAUAGCCAUGCGGAAAAGAAAGCUCAACGAAUGUGCUUACCCAUCCGAGAAGGAAGAACAAGCUCCAUGGAGUCCCCUAACCUGGAGUUUGAGUAUGGGGACACAGACAGCCUGACCACUGAACUCUCAGAGAUAUACAGUUACACGGAGGAGCCCGAGUUCGCCCUCAACAGGGACUACUUUGAGGAGGAUUUCAGGAGCCAUGUGCGGGGGAGGAGGUGGAUUGAGCUGGGUCAGGAGCAGCAGAAGGGCUAUGUGAUGAGACUACUAGAUGCUCUGGAGGUCACUGACCGGGACAAGAGGCUGAAGGUGGCCCGGGCCAUCCUCUACCUGGCACAGGGGGUGUUUGACGAGUGUGACACGGACGCAGACGUGAUCCACUGGUCUCGCCACAACGUGUUCCUGCUGUAUGACAUGGGCGUCUUCACCGCUCUCCUGGAGCUGCUGAGCAUGGAGAUGGAUAACAACCAAGCCUGCAGCACCGCAGUGAGGAAACCUGCUAUCUCUCUGGCGGACAGCACAGAACUCAGGGUCUUGCUAAGCAUCAUGUACCUGAUGGUGGAGACCAUCCGUCUGCAGACAGAGGAUGACAGACCAGAGUGGAGAACUGCCAGAGAGGCCUUCAAGACCGAACUGGGUUCUCCUCUGUACAACGGAGAGCCAUUUGCCCUGUUGCUCUUCACCAUGGUGACCAAGUUCUGCAGUAUGAACGCUCCACACUUUCCCAUGAAGAAGGUCCUGAUGCUGCUCUGGAAGACCAUCCUGUUCACCAUGGGGGGCUUUGAGGAGCUCCAGGAGAUGAAGGUUCGAGGCAGAGAGAGGCUGAGCCUGCCCCCCCUGCCUGAGGACAGCAUCAAGGUGGUCCGGAGCAUGAGGGCAGCCUCUCCUCCAGCCUCGGCAAUGGAGCUCAUCGAGCAGCAACAGCAGGCCAAGAGAGGACGCCGCAGCCGCAGGAGUGCCUUUGUUGAUAGCUUGGAAGGAGACAGUCCCUUUCCCAAGAAGCAGCCCCUGGUAAAGCAGGACAGCCUAGACACGUACAACGAGCGAGACCCCUUUAAGAACGACGACGCACGAGACGAGGAGGAGGACGGCGAGGAAGCCGACAGUGGCAUCGAAGGCGAGGUGGACCCCCUGGACAGUGAUGUCAUCAUCCAGCCACCACCCCCACCGCCCCCGCUCAGACCCCCCACUGAGAGAGCGUCCCUCCCCAAGGGUCUGCCCUGGGCCCCCAAAGUCAGAGAGAAAGACAUCGAGCACUUCUUGGAGACCAGCAGGAACAAGUUCGUCGGCUUCACUCUGGGAAAUGACACAGAGACACUAGUCGGUCUUCCUAGACCCAUACACGAGAGUGUGAAGACCCUUAAACAGCACAAGUAUGUCUCUAUAGCCGAGAUGCAGAUCAAGAGGGAAGAGGAGCUUCAACAGUGCCCCAUGACCCUGGGAGAAGAGGAUGUGGAUGAGACGCCCACAGAGAUCCUGUAUCUGGGAAUGCUUCCUAACCUCUCUCAGUAUGUGAUUGCCCUUCUGAAGCUGCUGCUGGCUGCAGCACCUACCUCCAAGGCCAAGACGGACUCCAUCAAUAUACUGGCUGAUGUGCUGCCAGAGGAGAUGCCAAUCACGGUCCUCCAGAGCAUGAAGCUGGGUAUUGACGUGAACAGACACAAGGAGAUCAUUGUCAAGGCCAUCUCUGCACUUCUGCUCCUGCUGCUCAAGCACCUGAAACUCAAUCACAUCUACCAAUUUGAGAUUGUCUCUCAACACCUGGUGUUCGCUAACUGCAUCCCACUCAUCCUCAAGUUCUUCAACCAGAACAUCCUGUCUUACAUCAGUGCCAAAAACAGUAUAUGUGUGCUGGACUUCCCUCACUGUGUGGUCCACGAGAUGCCUGAGCUCACGGCUGAGAGCUUGGAAGCUGGAGACCGUAAUCAGUUCUGCUGGCGUAAUCUCUUCUCCUGCAUCAACCUUCUGAGGAUCCUCAACAAGCUGACUAAGUGGAAACACUCCAGGACCAUGAUGCUGGUGGUGUUCAAGUCUGCUCCCAUCCUGAAGAGGGCGCUGAAGGUCAAACAGGCCAUGAUGCAGCUGUAUGUCCUCAAGCUGCUCAAGAUCCAGACCAAGUACCUGGGCCGCCAGUGGAGGAAGAGCAACAUGAAGACCAUGUCAGCCAUCUACCAGAAAGUACGACACAGGCUCAAUGACGACUGGGCCUAUGGCAACGAUAUCGACGCGCGGCCGUGGGACUUCCAGGCGGAGGAGUGCGCCCUGAGGGAGAGCAUCGAGAAGUUCAACAGCCGUCGCUACGACAAGAACCAGAACGGCGAGUUCGCCCCGGUGGACAACUGCCUGCAAAGCGUUCUGGGCCAGCGCGUUGAGCUGCCGGAGGACUUCCACUACAGCUAUGAAAUGUGGCUGGAGAGAGAGGUGUUUUCACAGCCUAUCCAAUGGGAGGGUCUACUACAACCGGCCCGGUGAGGGGGGGAGGACACGCAUACCAGGGACACAAGCCUACGACUACUGUGAUCUUCAUGUAAAUAUGUGGCAGAAAUAGAACAUAUGUUUUGUAAUCACCUGUAUCCAUGCAGAAAUUGUACAGUAAUGGUAUAGACUGUAAUAAUGAUGUCAUGGCAACUUGGCAGGAGCAGGCUCUUACAGUACAACUAUGUGGAAUACUGUUAUUAUUCUGUUAGUCACGACAACCAAUCCAACCACUCACUAUGUCCACUAUAACCACCAGUACAUUUUUUUCUCACUCAAUUUGGUUGGAUUCUGUGCUUUGUGGAAUAAUGAAUUUCAUAUCCAUGGCAUGUCCUCUUUUUUUAUCAUGAUGAUGUACAUUUGAGGUACUGGCACUAUCUUUAGUUUAUGUUGUAAUGUUUUACAUGUGUAUUUAUUCAUGAUCACAGCCAUUAUGUUUCGGUAUGUAAAUUUCAUAGCUGCAGAUAUUGUGGUAGAUAUUUCUAGAAAAUAAAUGCCUAUUUGUAAAGAAAGUACUGUGUAUUAACAGGCUAACGAUUAGUUACCUUACUGUGAUUGUUUUCAAUUAAAAUAGCAAAGAGGAAUUUCUCAAGCUGUUACAUUUAAAGGGCAUUUUCACAAUUUCACAGUAUUAUUCCAACCUAUGUGUGGAAAUAUAUAUAAAACACAGGAAAAUCCCGUUUUGGGUGAAUUUAACAUUUCCCCUUUCUAGAUGAAUAGUAUUUUCAUUUGUAUAAUCACAAACAGAUAUUCCUGUAAGUCAUUGAUCAUAAACUAGAUUCAGCUGCGGGAUUUUUUUUAAAACUUCUUCAGCGGAUGGUCAGGGUGCUGAAACAUAAUUACAAAUAAUUUGUAGACACAGUAUUUUACAAAGAUAAUAAACGUGCUUACAUUUGUAUACGAUCACAUCUCUCUAUUAUUCGUGGGAAUACUUGGCAAACCGAUUUCCAAAAUUAAAAUCACUUGGACCUGAUUUCCUGGUGUUUUUCAUGUCUAACGAUGAGAAAAAAAUAAGAAUUUGGAGGGGCAAAUAAAAUCUCCCGCUGUCCAAAUUCGGCCCACGGCCAGCCAGUGGGGGAACCCUGCUGUUAGUAGUAUGUGGUAGUUAAUUUAUGUUUAUAAAGGUCUGUGAAGCCUUACGCCAGAUCGAGAGAAAAUAAAGGAUAAGGACACAGGCAAACCUUUUGAGGCUAAGCUGAAGGGUUUGACCAGGGAUUUGGAGGCUUGAGGGGGUUCAUCGGCCCAACGUGGGGAGGCAGUCUCUGGGUAAAUCGAUGAUAGUGUCCCUGACUCCCUCUGGGACCCUGAAGUCCUGUGUACUUCACUCUCUGUCCUCCCAAAUGUGUAAUGGCUGUGUUGGUUAAGCCCUCAGGCCACCUCAACUUCCACAGAGCAGCACGGCAGCCAACCGUGAAUAACCGCACAACGACUGAAGGGCUACAAGUGUCCUUGUGAGGCUAUGCUCUCCCUCGCUGAAUACACAGUAGUUGUCACACAAUGGUGUUGAUUUUUAUGAGAUCUGUUGUCUUGUCAAUGUAUUUCACUGUAAAGUAGAACUACCCUGGGCUGUCAAGGCCAGUAAGUAUUCUCUGGUGAGUGUCCUGUAACUUUCUCUCAAGGUUAUGGAACAUUCUCUGACGCAAGCACAUAAGACAUGAUCAUGGGAACUUUUUCCUACUAUCUAGUGUAGACGUUAGUGUCUCUCUCUGGAGAAUUUGUGUAGGCGGUGGAGAUGUACUUGGUUGUAUUAUCUUUGUAUUGAACAAUGAUUGUGUAACUGAAUUGUGCUUCUUCGAGGAAACUAAGUCUGCAUGGCUGCAGUUUUUAUCUUUCUGUUUGAAUGUGUCCUAUUUAAAAGUGUAUUCUGAAAUUUGAUACAAUAUUUCAAAAUGUGACUUGUUAAAUUUCUGUUUUUAGAACACAUAUUCAAAAGGUACUCUCACUCACCAUUUGGUAUAUGUAGGCUGUUUUGGUAAAUGCACCUACAUUCUUGUCUGAGUCAGCACAAUCUGGGGUAUGUCUCAAAAGUCAUGUCAAGUUUGUCCCACACAGGUGAAGAGAAUGUCAUUUGACCUUUUAGUUCUGGGUUUUCUUGAAUGCAAUUUUUUUUUAAAUAACUGCUUCGCUUGAGGUUCUCAGGUUUUCAGUAUGUACAAUAAUUCUAAAGUUCAGGUUGUACAACUAUGGCUUCCUCCUCACUACCUAUACAGUAUGUAAGUAUGAAUGCAACUAGUUUACUUGCAAUAACAUGGUAAUAACAAUCUAAGCAUUGAAAAGUAGUCUACAAUUGGAUUGGCACAAAGAGUAACCCAACACAAUGUUGAUCAUUUCUUUACACUUUUGUUGCAGUUACAACUUUUUUCAGAAACCCUAACCUCAUGUGACAAAGUAAUGAGUGGCAGUUUUGAUUAGGAAUGAAUGCCUUACUCAGAGCACCUCUCAUUCAAAACAACGCAAUAUCUCUUUUUCUACCUGAAAUUGUACAAUCACUGGAAAUACUCUACAGUACAUGUAUGUAUGCAUGUUUGUUGAGUUCUGGCACAGUUGGAGGAAGUGUUCCUAGAUGUGUUUUGCAGUGUUUGGAUAUUUCUAUUUGUGUUUUUGUCAUACUUCUAGUUGACUGUAAUAAUAAUCUUGAUUUUGUUCAGGGGUAUGUACAAUCACUGUCUUGUACAAAGGUAUUAUUCUGUUGAAAGACACAGAGUUGAAACUUGUAAAAUGAUUCUGUCCUUCAUAUUCUGUAUUUUCUAAAUAAAGAGAUCACUGGUUUUAA